AUGCAGUCCAGCAAAUCCGUCGGGUUCGACGAGAACAGAUACCGCAACGAGGUUCUCCUUGUCUCCUCCGAGGAAGAUGAAAGAUCGCAAGAACAAACGCUAGUAGAAGAAGCGCGCCAGUUGGGAUUAAAAGUUCCGGAGGUUGAAAUUGUGGCAUCGCUGGCCGCGUCGAUUGCCUCAGGCAUGGUCGAUCUUUCCUCUCCGAUCCUGUCAUCGGCGGGCUCUUCGACCAAUCGCAAUUCCGUCUGCGAAGUCACCCCGUCUAACGAAAUACCUCCCCUUGAUCAGAUCGCAUCGUCAUUUUCCGAGUUUAACCUGUCCGACCAUGCCAAGUGCGGCAGUACUCGCUCGCUCGCUUCGCUUUCAACGCGCCCAACCUCUUAUAGUUCGAGCGAGGGGAAACUCGCACAUGGCACAGAUGGGAUCGCAUUGCGAAAACCCGGCCAUCGAAGUUCUUUCCUGAGUGUGGCUUCGAGUGAAAAGAAAGAGAGGCGGAAAUCAACCCUGAAGUCUGCAAUUGACAAGAUUCAUUUCCGGAAACGGCGCUCACCCUCUGCUGUCUUACUUCCUCCGGCUGCGCAGAUUACCGUUGCGAAGGGUGAGGGAGGGGUUGACAAAUACUAUGUGGAAUCUAAAAUCAAUGAACCGCGGGGCCACGAUGGUGCGGAUGAAGAGAGCCCGGUACUGAGGCUGGAGAUACCGGUGUUUGACAACGAGAGCGUUCGGCGGAGCCUUGAGAAUGCAGACCUCAGGCAGAUGCGCGAGUCCCAAAAAAUGGAAAAGAACCGGCACAUGACCUUUCAGGACGCUUUCAUGAGUGAACUCCGACGCAACCACCAAACUAUUGUUGCCGACCGGCUCGCAGCAAACAAACGGUCCGAAGAAGAAAAGCGCGAAAAGAACAUCGCCGAUGCGAGCCGCAUGGAGGAACGACAACUCGCCGUGGAAAUGGAUCAAGUUCGCGAAUUUGAGCGAGCGAAGAUGAAUUCCCGUACUCGAAUAAAGUAUAUGGAGGGCUACUUCAGCAAUGCAAGCCCUCCUCCUUCCCCUGGAUCGGCGUCAGGAUCCGAGAUAUCACCACCGCCUACUCGAAAGUAUACCCCACAACACAAGGCUCAACUGGCUCAGGAAUACCACGACCAUGAAUCGAUGGACCGACUUCACGAAGCCAAAAUCAAAGUCCUAAGGGACCGCCAAGAACUCAAGCUCCAGGAAGCCAUAGCCCGUAUGGAGAAAGAAUUGGACGAUUUGAUUGACAAGCACGCACUGGAGUUUGCCAACCUCCAACGGGACCACCAACAAGAGGAGGCAUCGGUUUUGCAAACUUUUGAAGACAAGAAGACAAGACUACGCCAUCGAUGGAACCUGGAAGAAGCAAUUCUGCGGAAGAAGCUUGAAGUGCAACAUGAUCAACCCUAUGGGCCUCUGCCCCCUUUGUCGUUCUCUGACUGUCGCUAUGAGACGCGCGACUCGGCGAUUUCCGUUUCGGAAGAGAACCCAACCAGUGUAAGCGGUGAUGAGGAACUGGUGCACCGGAAGAGAAGUGAACCGCUACUAUAA